CGUUUCACAACUGUCAGCAAACGAAAUUGACAUUUGAGUCAUUGCACAUUUCUGUGGAUUUGCGGUGUUUUGGUUUUGUCUGCACAAGAGUUGGUUGGUAUUUUGAUUAUUUCGACUGCAAGAUGAUUGAGAUUACAUGCAAUGAUCGUUUGGGAAAAAAGGUGCGAGUGAAGUGCAACCCGGAUGACACCAUUGGAGACCUUAAAAAGUUGAUUGCAGCUCAAACUGGAACCAAAAGUGAGAAGAUUGUGCUGAAGAAGUGGUACACAAUUUACAAGGAUCCGAUCAGGCUGUGCGAUUAUGAAAUUCAUGAUGGAAUGAACCUGGAACUCUAUUAUCAAUAAUCACAAACUACUCUUUUUAUAUGCAAAAACGGGAUACUUCUCAGCUUGGAUAGUUUAAGUCGUUAAUAAUAAAUAAUGUGCUAAUUUUAUUUUUUUGGUAAAAAUAUAGUAAAUAAAGAAAAACAA